AUGGCUGCAAAAGUGGUCUCCAUGCCGCCAAAGCCAAAGCAGUCUUUUAUACUGAGAGUUCCUCCAAAUUCCAAGCUGGGCCAAGAUCUACUUCGGGAUGCCACUAGUGGACCCAAGACCAUCCACCAACUGGUGCUGGAGCACUUCCUCACCUUCUUGCCCAAGCCAAGUGUGGUUCCGCCCAGUCAGAAAGCCAAGGAGACCUUAGUUAUUAUGAAGGAUGUGAGCUCAGGCCUUCACAAUAAAGUGCAACCUCAUCCGUUAGUGAGUCUUCUACCCAGAGAAGGAGCCCAACAGAAACAGGAGACAGUAUCUCUGUGUUCCAAAGCUGAGCCCAAGGAGCUGCUGGUCUUUGAGGAUUUGAAUGUAUUUCACUCCCAAGAGGAAUGUGUGAGCCUGGAUCCUUCCCAACAGCCCACCUCAGAGAAUGAAGAAUGUAACGUCGGGGAGAUGGUGCUCCUGGUCAAUGAUAGUAAUCAUGAGAGUGACGGUCAUCAGAAGGAACCUGCAGAGAAUGAAGAUCUUAAAGAAAAGUGGGAUGAAAUGGAUUGUUCCUUGGUUGCGGAACAGUCUCCACGUUGCCACAAAGAAGAAAGACUAAAUACAUCUGUUCCACAUGAGAGGAGAGUGAGGAAUCUUUUAGUUACCAUUGAAAAUGACACUCCACUAGAAGAACUCUCAAAAUAUGUGGAUAUCAAUGUUAUUGCACUUACCCGAAAUCGGAGAACAAGGAGAUGGUACACUUGUCCACUGUGUGGUAAACAGUUUAAUGAAAGUUCUUACCUUAUUUCCCACCAGAGGACUCACACUGGAGAAAAACCCUAUGACUGUAGUCACUGUGGGAAAAGCUUCAACCACAAAACAAAUCUUAAUAAACAUGAACGAAUCCAUACGGGGGAAAAACCAUAUUCAUGCUCUCAAUGUGGGAAAAACUUCCGUCAGAAUUCUCAUCGGAGCCGCCAUGAAGGAAUCCACGUGAGGGAGAAGAUAUUUAAGUGUCCAGAAUGUGGGAAAACCUUCUCAGGGAAUGAAGAGUUUGUGCUUCAUCUACAGAGUCAUGAGGCAGAGAGGCCAUAUGGUUGCAAAAAAUGUGGGAGAAGAUUUGGUCGACUGUCAAACUGUACCCGGCAUGAGAAAACCCACUCAGUGUGUAAGACUCGGAAGCAGAAAUGGGAUUGGGAAAGGUCUGAUUGUCCUGCCUCAACCUAA